UAUACAUGUGUAUAAAUAUUGUAGGUGUUAAGUGUCUGCAUUGUGUUACGACGCGGCAGAGUAGAAAAAACACGAAUCCAAAAUAUGGCUAGCUCGUCGAGUUCUUUUUUGCAGACAUGAAACAAACAAAGUUUGUUGUUACGCGCAUCCAGAUGCACCUCUUAUUGAAGACUACAGAGCUGGAGAUCAGAUUUGUUCAGAGUGUGGAUUAGUCGUAGGAGACAGGGUGAUAGAUGUUGGUUCAGAAUGGAGAACAUUCAGUAAUGAAAAAGCUGGAGUUGAUCCAUCACGUGUUGGUGGACCAGAAAAUCCACUUCUAAAUGGUUCAGAUUUAUCUACUAUGAUUGGUCCUGGAACUGGUGCUGCAUCAUUUGAUGCUUUUGGUGCUUCAAAAUAUCAAAACAGGCGUACAAUGAGCAGUUCUGACAGAGCAUUGAUCAAUGCAUUUCGUGAAAUCAAUGGAAUGGCUGAUCGUAUUAACUUGCCUAAGACUAUCGUUGAUAGAGCAAAUAAUUUGUUUAAACAAGUGCACGAUGGCAAAAAUUUAAAAGGUCGCGCAAAUGAUGCCAUUGCCUCAGCUUGUUUGUAUAUUGCCUGCAGACAAGAAGGUGUACCUCGUACUUUCAAAGAAAUUUGUGCUGUUAGCAAAAUCAGUAAGAAGGAAAUAGGAAGAUGUUUUAAACUAAUAUUAAAAGUACUUGAAACUAGCGUUGAUCUUAUCAGAACUGGAGAUUUCAUGUCAAGAUUUUGUUCAAAUCUUGGACUUCCUAAUAUGGUGCAAAGGGCUGCCACGCAUAUCGCGAAAAAGGCAGUAGAAAUUGAUAUUGUACCUGGACGAUCACCGAUUUCAGUAGCAGCAGCUGCAAUUUAUAUGGCAUCGCAGGCAUCGGAAGAUAAACGAUCGCAAAAAGAAAUUGGUGACAUUGCUGGUGUAGCUGAUGUCACGAUCAGACAGUCGUAUAAGUUAAUGUAUCCUCAUGCAGGAAAACUCUUUCCAGAAGAUUUUAGAUUCGCAACACCUAUUGAUCAAUUACCGCAAAUGUAAACAUGAAGUUUUAUGUGUCUAUAUAUAUUUUAUCAUGUUGAAACAAUAGUUAUGUACUUUAAAUAAUGAUUUCUAAAUAAUUUAACCUUUAUUUAGAAUAUACAUUCCUUAAUGAUCUAUGAGACAUUGGUAUUAUAUAAUUUAUUCUUUUUUUUUUUUGUUAUAUUUGGUUCUUACUGCAUUGAUGUUUAUAACAGUAGUAUCUUAAUAAAUUAUUUGGUGUACACAAAAUAAAAUAUUUAUAUCAUAAUCGGGACGUUUCAACAUGUUAAAAUUAUUAAAAGUUCAAUCAAUUUUGUUAUAAGUUUUAUAUUUGAUACCAAAAAAAAGUAUAUUGAAUUUUGAAAUUUUAGAAACUCUGUAAGCAAAAUUACAAAUUAGAUUUAUGUUAAGUAUCAUUAAUAUUUUGCUUAAAACGCUGCACAAUAUUUUUUACGUUUACAAUAAAAAAAUAACGAAAAUUAAAUUGUGAAAUACAACAGACAAUUUGAAAGUACCACGCAAUAUAAUUGUACGAUAAAUUCUGUGAUACUUUUACUAAAUAAUAUAAGUGGAAAGAUUUGCAACUAACGGAGAUUUGUCUAAAAGUAAGAGUGACAAUAGCCUUUUCUGACUCCAAAUGUGUAUAUAUAUUUUAUUUUUCACUCAAAAUUUAUAUAAAAUAUUAUAUUAGCAAACACACACAGAAAAUUUUAUUUUUAAAAUCAAAAAAUUAUUUUAUCUUUACCCUUCUAAUAUUUUCUAAACUAGUACAUUAUUAUUGUACGUGUACAUUAUUUGUAAUUUAUAAAAGUAUGUAAUAAUCUACAUAAUUAAACACCAAUAUUACAUAUAGCAUUGUGUUUAAGAAAAUGAUGUUAAAAUAUUUUUAAUAUUGAUAAUAUUUGCUCAUCUUUAUAUUUGGUAAUCAAAAAUCUGUUCUUUCAUUUUUACACAAUUUAGGAAAAUACACAAUAUUCUAGAAAAAUUUGUAUUGCAUUAGCAAACAUAAGACUUGCAUACAUAUCUUAAGUUUAUGCCAGGAUAUAUAUCAAUAAAGAAAAUUGUUAUCAUUAUUUGAAUUAUUUGAUUAAUAUCUAUAUUGUCUCAUGUACAAUUUAAUAGUAUAUAAAUAGAGUGGUUUAUUGAUUUCUGUAAUUCGAGCUUUGUCAGCAAGUGAAACUAAUGAACAACGAGAAAUAGAAAAAGCUAAACUUGAAAAAGAAUAUAAGAAAAGCGAUCAAAGGCUUGAUGAAUUGGUAUCAUUACAUGAUCAGGAUCUUACAGAAGUCAUGCAAAUAUUCAGUGCUUUAUCAGAAAAGGUAACUGCAUCUCGGGAAAAGAUUCAUGCGGUUAAAGAAAAUUUGAAUGCUUGCAAGCAACUAUUAAGGUGUAAACGAGAAGAAUUAUUAAAUCUAUGGCUUGAAGGAAUUGAGCACAAACAUGUGCUACAUCUUUUGAAGGAUGUGUAGAGAUGGGAACAUUGGAAUUAAAACAAACUUUAAAUGGUCAUAGGGGGAGGGUGUGGAAUGUUUGUUGGCAUCCAAAUGGCACUUGCCUUGCAUCUUGUGGCGAAGACAAGACAAUUAUAAUAUGGGGACAACAAGAUCCAAAAUGGGUUGUGAAAACCAUUCUGACAGAGGGUCAUACUAGAACUAUAAGAGAGAUAGCAUGGUCUUCUUGUGGGAAUUACAUAGCUUCUGCUAGUUUUGAUUCAACCACUGCCAUAUGGGAUAAUAAGUCGGGACAAUUUGAAUGCAAUGCGACGUUAGAGGGGCAUGAGAAUGAAGUGAAAAGUGUUAGUUGGUCUUGUAGUGGCCAGUUGUUAGCUACUUGUAGCCGUGAUAAAUCUGUCUGGAUAUGGGAGGUAAAUGAUGAUGAAUAUGAAUGUGCUGCUGUUAUUAAUGCUCAUACUCAAGAUGUGAAGAAGGUAAGAUGGCAUCCUAAUGAAGAAGUUGUUGCUUCUGCCAGUUACGACAAUACAGUAAAAAUAUUCAAGGAAGAUCCAGGGGAUAAUGAUUGGUCGUGCAUAGCAAUAUUAUCAUCCCAUACAUCAACAGUUUGGAGUCUUGCAUGGAACAAGGAGGGUAAUCAAAUUGCAACAUGUAGUGAUGAUCAAACAGUGAAAAUAUGGCAAGAGUACAAGCCUGAUAAUGAAUCAGGAAUCGUUACACCAAACAAUGAAUCUGUUUGGAAAUGCGUGUGUACAAUAACUGGUUAUCAUACAAGGACGAUUUAUGAUAUUGAUUGGUGCAAGACAACUGGUUUAUUAGUGACUGCAUGUGGUGAUGAUAUUAUCAGAAUAUUUAAAGAAGACAGUGAUUCUGAUCCUCAUCAGCCAAAUUUUACUAUGGUUUGUUCUAUGGAUACUGCUCAUACUCAAGAUGUAAAUUGUGUACAAUGGCACCCCACUAUCCCAGGACAAUUUGCAUCAGCUAGUGACGAUGGUUCAGUUAUUAUAAAUGUUCAGGCAUUUGAGAGAGCUGAGACACAGUUGUAAAGGACUAAUUUCUUAUAUAACACUCAAACAUAAUACAUUCUGUACAAUGAAUACUGAUAUAAAAUUGAAUAUUACUGGAGUGUCUUUAAAACAAGUUGUAGAUACGUUGCAACAGUUUGCAGAUCCAUCACUUGCAGAUUCCUGGGAUAAUGUAGGAUUACUGGUUGAGCCUACAGAAACUAAACUAAUUUCACACAUUCUUAUAACAAAUGAUCUAACUGAAAGUGUGAUGCAAGAAGCUUUAGAUUUAAAAACAGACAUGAUUAUUACUUAUCAUCCUUUAAUAUUUGCUCCAAUGAAAUCUGUAACAACUCGCUCAUGGAAGGAGAAGAUCGUUGCAAAAUGUUUGGAAAAUAGGAUAGCCGUAUACUCUCCGCAUACAAGUUUCGAUUCAAUAAGAGGAGGAGUAAAUGAUUGGUUGGCUUCAGCAUUUGAAAAUGUGCUUGAAAGUAGUGCACCAAUUCAACCAAAUGCAAAAGAUAGUAAUAAUGGUUACGGAAGAAUGUGCAUUUUAAAAAAUGAAAUUUCUAUAGAAGAUGCUGUGCAAUUAGUGAAAAAAUGUACUGGUUUGAAGUAUGUUAGAUUAGCCCGCAGUCAUCUAACAGAUGGAUUAAUUAAAACUGUUGCGGUUUGUGCUGGGUCAGGAGGAUCCGUUUUGAAAGGUACAUCUGCCAAUCUGUAUCUUACAGGAGAAAUGUUGCACCAUGAUGUUCUUGAUGCAACGCACCAAGGAAUAAACGUGAUUCUAACAAAUCAUUCCGAUUCCGAACGUGGUUUUCUAAGAAUAUUUGCAUGUACCUUAAAUGAUUUUUUAAACAAAUCCGUGUUAAUAGAAGUAUCCAAAAAUGAUGCUGAUCCUUUGGAAACUGUGUGAUUUGACUAAAAAGACAAAAUAAAGCACAAUUACACCGAUAUAUAAUAUGAACAUCGGAAUGGAAAUAUACGUUACAUGUGAUAAAAUUUUAUUAUUAAUAUUAUAUAAAUCAUCUGUCGUAUUUAGGGAUUGACAAUCUUUUAUUUCAAUCUGGUAAAGUUAGUCAGAGAGAAGAUAAGUACAUAAAUGAAUCAUCGUAUAUUGCGAUUCAACAGAAACCAUUUACAGCUAUAACAGAAAAUGCGUCUCAAUUUCCAUGUAUAACGCGCUUAAACUACUUUUGCAAUUAAUCUUUGAACAUGUGUAACCGUUAUAGAAUCAAUUUUUCCUUAAUUUGAUUACUGAAAUAUUUUUCUUUUGCUCUUAAUAUAUCAUUCGCCCGUUUAUCAUUGUCUCUCAUCUCGCAUUCACUCAAAUACACGCACAGGAUGGUUACGAGGAGAAACUUGAUUUUUAACAGUGUACAUACGUAACCGACGCUUAUUGAAAACUUAUAACUAAAUAAAAUAUAACAGUCGUUAUUCUGGUCCAAUUAGAAUGAUCUUAAUUUUGGGUCCACGCGUCCAAUUCUUUUUUUUUUUCUUUUUCUCUUUU